AUGUCGGAUAAGCACUUCUUCCCAGAGACUGCGGCCAACACACUGGUGCCCCGUUACCUGAGGGCCCUCACAGCCGCCAAUACUCAUCUUGCCCUGAUAGAGCCAGAACGAGUUGUCUACGACCCCUAUCAUGACCCGAACACCGUCUCGAUCAUCAGCGGCGGUGGUUCUGGCCACGAGCCGGGAUGGUCGGGAUUUGUGGGCACGGGCGCGCUGGCGGGAGCUGCGUGUGGUGAUAUCUUCGCUUCACCUAGCACAAAGCAAGUUCUCGCGGCGAUCAAGGCAACGCCCUCUGAGCAGGGCCACAUCUUGAUGAUCACCAAUUACACAGGUGACAAGCUUCAUUUCGGGUUGGCGGCAGAGCGGGCCAAAGCACAAGGUCUGUCCAAGAAUGUCGCUAUGAUCCAUCUAGCAGACGAUGUAUCCAUUGGCAGAAGCAAGUGUGGCGCAGUCGGGAGAAGAGGCAUGCCGGGCCACAUCAUUCCUAUGAAGAUCACAGGUGCUGCGGUUGGCAGGAAAUACAGUUUUGAGCGGUGCGUGGAGUUGGGACGAGGUGUGAAUUCUCACGUCGUCUCGAUUGGAUCUGCUCUUGAUCAUUGCCACGUACCAGGUCGUCAACGGAAUGAGACCGUGCCCCAGGAUGUGGCUAUAGUCGGUGCUGGUAUUCACAACGAACCAGGAGCGCAAAAAUUAUCACCUUUUCCUUCUGUGGAGAAUCUGAUUCAGCACUGUCUGAAAUUGCUCUGCGACUCGAACGACACGGAGCGAUAUUUCGUCACAUUCGAGCCCAAUGACUCCAGUGUUCUGGUUGUGAACAAUUAUGGAGGAUUGUCGAAUCUGGAGCUGGGGGCGCUGACUGAUGAAGUGAUCAUCCAACUACAAACGAGCUGGAAGAUUACGCCAGUCAGGGUCCUCACUGGGGCUUUUGAGACAUCACUGAAUGCCCCAGGCUUCUCUAUCUCGCUCUGCAAUCUGUCGGCCGCUUCAAGAGAAAUCAGUGCUCCUGUAACAGAGCUAUUAGAGCUUCUGGAUGCUCCUACCACAGCAGUCUCAUGGCCAAACUUGACGGCUCCCAGACCGGAAGGCGAUUUCAGACAAGCGUUGCCGGUGCAGAUGAAUGGGGCUGCCAAGUCCAAUGAGGGCGCCGAUAUAGUUGUGGACCCAACUCUCCUUAAAAUCGUCAUUCGUGCGGGAUGCGAAGCUGCCAUCGCGGCAGAGCCCAACCUAACGAAAUGGGACAUGGUCAUGGGAGACGGAGACUGUGGCGAGGCUGUGCAGGGUGUGUCCGAGGCCAUUAUCAAGAUUCUGGAUGCGGGUGGAGCAGACAGAGGAUCUGUGGUCGACUUCCUCAACAGCACAACGGACGCUGUUGAUGAUAUGGGAGGGACCUUGGGUGCUAUCCUGGGCAUUUUAUUGUCGGCAUUCACUUCUGCUCUGAAGACGUCAACCUCGACAGGCCCCUCACAUGCAAACGCCGAGGAGUUCGCUGUCGCAUUAGAGCAGGCGGUCGCUGCCCUCAAGACCCACACAGGGGCAAGGGAGGGCGACCGAACUGUAAUGGACGUUCUGCUCCCCUUUGCUCAGGAUUUUGCCAAGGUAAAGGACUUUCAUCACGCUGUCGGGGUCGCCAAGGAGAAGGCUGAAGCUACACGAUACUUGAAGGCUAAGUUUGGACGAGCAACUUAUGUUGCAGAGGCACAGGGUCAGGAGUUGCCCGACCCUGGGGCGUGGGCAUUGUAUGAGUGGUUGAGCGGCAUGUCCAAAGCUAUGAAGUCCUUCUCGUCGGGAGGUAUGCCUUAA